AUGUCGAAGUUCUCGCUCCAAGGUCGAACGGCGCUGGUUACAGGGGGCGGACGAGGCUGCGGACUCGCCUUCGCACGCGGACUCGCAGAAGCAGGCGCCGACGUCGCCGUCUUCGAUGUUAUCGAGCCCCAGGCCGAGUUCCAUGCCAUCGAGAAGGAGUGUAGCGUGCGGACGGCCUACUACAAAGUCGACGUCUCCUCCCCCAAAGCCUUAGAAGCCGGCUUCACCCAAUUCCAAACCGACUUCGGCAACAAACUCGACAUCUGCGUUCCCUGCGCCGGGAUCAAUCGCCACCACAGCUUCCUGGACUUCACGUACGAAGAACACCACGAUCUACUCGCUGUUAAUGUCCUCGGGCUGUACUUUACCGCGCAGCACGCAGCAAAGCAGAUGAUCGCCAACGGCACAAAGCACGGGAGUAUUAUUCUCGUCGCCAGCAUGGCCAGCCACGUUGCGGUGCGCAGCCAGCUGUGUUCGGCGUAUUGUGGCUCCAAGGGUGCAGUGCGGGCCAUGUGUCCUGCCAUUGCGAAGGAUUUGACUGAAUAUGGCAUCCGGGUCAACACGAUCAGCCCCGGGUACGUGCGGACGGAAAUGACGGCGGCGUUCUCGCAUCUGGUUGAGGGCUGGAAGACGGAGACGAUCAAUGGGCGCAUUGCGGAGCCGGAGGAUAUCAUGGGCGCUUGUGUGUUUCUGGCCAGUGAUGCCAGCUCGUAUAUGACGGGGCAGGAUGUUGUUGUUGACGGGGGGGUUACGAGGAUUUCGUAG